UGCGCGUGCAGGGUGUGUUGGUGUAGGCUGAAGGUUUAGCACGAAGUCAUCUCAUUGUUUUGUACGCUUUCUGAUUCAGAACGCCCUUUCUCGAGGGUAAACAACCGUCUCGUGGGGAAGGCGUCAUUCAACCACAGCUGUUAUCAGCCGGAGUGACUUUCUCACGAACGUUUCACAAGACGUGGGAUUCCCAAACAACCAUGACCCAAUCAGACCUCCCCAAGCCCAGAAGGACUCACCGCGCUGCUAGCCUGCGCUAAGAGACCCGCGCGUGUCACCUCGUGGCAAGUGUAUCAACAAGUAGGUUAGCUAAUGGUGUCCCACUGGACCAGUCGGGCUAACCGAUGACCUGCUUAAACGGCGCUAACUUCGGCUGGGUUUAACGUGCGACCGAAGAGAUUCUCAGCCCUAUCAGACUCUUAAGUACUCAUCCAAGAGCCAUUCAGGAGGGGACCAUCGACACGAAAAGACGCAAGACUCCUCUGAUGUCACUCCUCCCUGCAAAAUGCUCAGGAGGUCUGACAGCCCUGAGAACAAACACGUGGAGAGCACAGGACACAGCAGAGCCAAGGCUGUCCACACACACCGGGUCAGAGACCGGGACGGAGGGCCAAGUUAUUCUCCACAAGAAACUUCUAACAACCACAGCUCCCUCCAUAGCUCCAACUCACAUUCUAACCCCAGCAAGGCCUCUGACACGCCUUACGAACCUGGCGAUGACUGGUCAGAGCACAUCAGUUCCUCGGGAAAGAAGUACUACUACAACUGCCGGACAGAGGUGUCCCAGUGGGAGAAGCCAAAGGAAUGGCUGGAGAGAGAACAGAAGCAAAAGGAGGCAACCAAGGCUGCUGUUGUCAACAGUUUCCCCAAGGACAGGGACUACAGAAGGGAGGCUAUGCAGUCUACAGCGGUGACUGGCUUUGCUGGUCCUAAGUCAAUCCAGACAGAGAAAUCCCCAGCAGCUCUUGGUACCCAGUCCCAAUCAUCUUCCUCGGGUUCAGGGGGCUUGAAUCCAUCGUCGGUACCACCUGGAUCAUCAGCUUCCACUGUGCCUGUCUCUCCAGUCCUUCAGACCCCAACUACCCCUCUUCUUCAGGACCCCACUCUGCUUCGCCAGCUUCUCCCAGCACUGCAGACGGCUUUGCAGCUCAACAAUGCCAGUGUGGAUAUGGCAAAAAUCAAUGAAG